AACCUUGGAGAAAUGUUCACUGAUAAAGGAUCUUGAGUUACUUCCUUAUGGCGAUCUGACUGAAAUAGGAGAAAGAGGAGUUAAUCUUAGUGGUGGUCAGAAGCAACGUAUCCAACUUGCUCGUGCUCUAUAUCAAGAUGCUGAUAUCUAUCUGUUGGAUGAUCCAUUCAGUGCUGUUGAUGCGCAUACUGCUACAAGCCUAUUCAAUGAAUAUGUCAUGGGAUCGCUCUCAGGGAAGACUGUUUUGCUUGUCACCCAUCAAGUUGAUUUUCUUCCCGCAUUUGAUGCUGUCCUGCUGAUGUCAGAUGGAGAGAUUUUACAAGCAGCUCCUUAUCACCAGUUAUUGGCGUUGAGCAAAGAAUUUCAAAUAUUGUUGGCUGCACAUAAAGAGACUGUUGGUUCAGAAAGACUUGCAGAGGUGACUUCUUCACAAAGGAAUGAAAUGUUUACACGAGAUAUUGAAAAGGCUCAACUCGAAAACCAAGCUAAAGACUCUCAAGGGGAUCAGUUAAUUAAGAAAGAAGAAAGGGAAGUAGGAGACACUGGACUAAAGCCUUAUUUGCAGUAUCUAAGUCAGAACAAGGGCUACUUGUUCUUUUCCUUAGCUGUUCUGUCACACAUUAUAUUUGCGAUCGGACAAGUGUUACAAAACUCAUGGAUGGCG